UACUGUCCUGGGAUAGAAUUCGAAAUUGUCAUGACGUGUCGCCGAUACGAGAGCACCCAAAAACGGUGCAGGCGAUCCGAUUGACACGCGAUCGAUCAGCCGUCGUUGUCAGCCAUGAGAGCCAAGGGCGGGCGAAAGAGUUCGAUCAAAUUUCACGUGAUAAACUGUCGUCAUCUCGCGGCAGCGGCGACAAAGUGAACUGUAUCUUCAUUGUGGACACCCAAGGUGUCGCGAUGGUCUGAGACCUUCGCUUGUUGGUGAGAGUAGAUCGAAGAAGAACGGAAGGCCCUACCGCCCCGCGGACAGCCCGCGAUUUCGGCUUAUAAGCGAUUAAGGCCCAAGAACUAGUGACGCAAUUCUACCUAAAUUGCGUAACAAUAGUUUGAAUAGUGUUCGCAUGUACACCUAUAUACAUAUAUGGUAAAUAAAAAGCGACCGACAUACGUUUCGAAUACAAAUCAAUCCCAUUCAUAAGACACAGACGUAGAUCGUAUGUCAGACUUGCACUUUAACUGAACGAAGCAGACGCGGAUUUUUACCCGAUAUAAGACUUGCCAAGAUUUCGUCGACUACGUGGUUCGAGUCGCGUGCACGUUAUAUUCGUGAAAUCUCUAGUCCAAAACGCUAACCAUGGCCCUGGUUAACUUCACGCUACCUUAUCAGACGGCGACUCCGUCGCCGUUUCUGCUUCCUGGGGCUCCGGGACAUUCGACGGUGAACAAUUUACGCUACAACGCCGUUCCGCCGCCGCCGCCAGCCCCGAGCUACAACGACGAAGACCCUUAUCACAACGAACCCUACGUUCCACCCGCCGAGUAUCGGCACACCCCCAGUCUCACCACCCAGCAGCAUCAGAGCACUUAUGCUCGAGUCACUCAUGAAACUCACUACGCAAAUUACAACCAAGACUUCAGAAGGACACAGACACGGCCGUCCCAGCAGACGAGGCCUCCACCGACUAUCCCACCGACGAGCAAUGUCCUAACACAGGCACCUCUGCAACAGCAACCCCGCGGACUACAUGAGACUAAACAGUCACAGGCACCCUCGCCGGCUGACAACUAUCCCGAAAGACCCAACGGGUAUACCAGAGUUAACAGCGAAGCAUACAGCGGUCCUGGCGCCAAGACAUCCGUUCACGCUGUGCUCGAUUACGACGAUGACUUCGACGACUACUACGACGAGGAGGAGCAAGAAAUGCCGAGUAACACCCACGUCACGCCGAUCCAGGGACCAAUAUUUUUAAAAAACGGCUCAGUCCCCGUUGUCCCGCUCUACUCUUACCCGCAAUUGAACAACGGAACCUUCGUCCAAAUACCGAUCCUCUGGACUGCUCUGUCCGUGGCACUAGGAGUUGAACUGCGGGGUGAUUUGGUCCGAGGGUCACCAUGCAUCAAGAGAUAUCAUCAACUAUUCUGUCCAACAGCCGGUAACACUUAUCCCAUUGACCGGAUAGAACGUUUCAUUGACGAGAACAAGGCGUUGAUGAAACGGAUGUACGGGGAUUUCGAGAUGAGCACGCAAUACGGUCCGCCGACGAGAGAACCAGCUGGACAUCGCCGGAAAAGAGCCUCCUCGAAACACGACAUACCGGAUGGCGGACCCAGGCCCGAAGCCGAAGACGAGGAUAACUCCGACGGGGAGUCCUACUUCGCCAAGAUGAGACAUACGCGUCAAUCCUUCGGCAACAAUCAGAACAACGACAGCGGAAGGGUCGACGCUUGCGAAUCAAAGAUAGAGAUAGUGACGCCAUAUUGGGCCAGCAACAGCGCUGGUAAAAUUCGGGCGAUCGUCAACACCCAGCAUUUCGAGCAAGCCAUUCACCAAGAAGUCUGCUCGAUAACAAGGACGAAGAGAUGCAGCGGUGACUGUGGAUGCGAACAAAAGUACAAGUGGCAUCGUCUUCUCGCAUACGAUCCAGACAAUGACUGCAAGGGUAUAUUCAUGGACUGGUUCCUCUUUCCGUCGUGCUGCGUCUGCAGGUGCGAUCCCCUUCCUAAAUUCCCAUCGACAAACUCUCGGAAUUGAUCCGAUUCUCACGCAUAUAUGACGGAGGUCGUUUAGUCGGUUCCCCCGUAGCUCCUGACUUAUUCACUGGCGAUGUUAACCAGUUUUCAACUGCAGUUCAAUGAGAACAUGCGAUCAACGACGUAGUUGUAAUAGAUAUAAGUAAAAUAAAUUCGAUCGUAUUCCUAAUAGAAUAAAAUCCAAGACUGGCAAGUGACCUGUUCUAGUUUGUCUUGGAAGUUAUUUAUCAUUUAUUAGUCGCUCGAAAUAGUUCCAUAUUUAUGUUUUAUCUAAAAAUCUUUAUUGAGCGAAAAUUUAUAGUAGUAUGUAAAUUAUGGAACAGCCUAGAUAGCCAAAUGAAAUUUCACGCUGCGUUGUACAUGUAUAAAAUACCAUUAGCAUUAUAAGAUUUUAUGCAUAAGCCAGUCUUCUUUUUUUUUUCCUUGAAUACGUGCCUAGUGUAGCUCUGACUUUUGAUAACACCAUUUUAUUGUAAGAUUAUUUUAGCUAAUACUUGUAGAAUAUAUCGAUAAUUAGUAGCUGUAUACAAUUAUACAUACUUGUAUGCGUGGAUAUCAUUCUAUGAUUUCAAGGCAUCAGCCAACACCUGCAACAAAAUCUCACGUUCAAUAAUUGUUAACAAUUAUUAUACCAAUACAGAAUCGAAUAAACUAUUAAGACUAC